AUGGCCUCUCAAGCAGCACCGCCUGAUGGCGAUUCUAAAAAUCCAAACACCACUGAAAGUGUUGUGUUCUCUCCCUCUGCAUCAUCUCAUGGUGGUCCCGAGAGUCGAGAUGGGGGUGAUAUCCGACCGGCCGACUACGACAGCGAAACGGUGGAGAAGGUCUACAGAAAAAUUGAUCGCAGGAUUAUCCCUCCUUUCUGGAUCCUGUACUUUCUUUGCUCAGCAAUUCGUUCCAACAUUGGCAUUGCGCAGACAAUGAACAGCGACGUGGGCCAUGACUUGGAGACCGUCCUUGGGCUCACCCCCAAAGAUGUAUCUACGGCACUUGCGCUGUUCUAUGUCUCCUACGUCAUCUUUGAUUUCCCAUCCAAUCUCAUCAUGAGCAAGCUCAGCCCCCGGGUCUGGAUGGCUAGAAUCGUCUUUGCCACUGGAGUCGUUGGGUCAUGCUUCGCGGCUGUGCAGUCCCCUGCGAGCCUCAAACUGCUACGUUUCCUCCUGGGCUUGGUGAUCGCUGGCAUGUGGCCGGGCAUGGCGUUUUAUCUGACCCUAUUUUAUCCGCCAUCUAGGACAGCCAAGCGAAUUGGCAUGUACUUCACCGCCUCGCAGGUGUCUGCGGCUGUGGUCGGCCUCGUCUCGGCGGGAUUCCAACUCAUGGAUGGCGAUGGAGGCUUGGUUGGAUUUAGAUGGAUGUUUCUCAUCUACGGGCUCGUUGCCGUUGUCUUGAGCUUUGUGCUGCUAUGGUGGCUGCCUGACAGACCCCUGGCGCCAGGCGAGGCGAGGAAGCGUAACGGCCUGUUCAAGUGGCUUCCGGCCACCCCUGAAGUUCUCCAAGGUGAAGACGCCAUAGUUCAUUACUCUGAGCUCAGACGCGUGUAUCAUGCUCGCCCAUGGGGCGUCAAGGAUCUCUGCCUUGUGCUGCUUGACUGGCGGCUGUGGCCUCUAUGCCUGAUGUACUUUGGAGUAGUCGGAGUCGGAAUCGGCACUCAGCUCUACGGAUCGGUGAUCAUUGCUUCAAUCCAACCACAGGCGAGCGACAUUGUCGUUAGCUUACUCUUUGCUCCUAUCUGGAUUAUGGACUUGAUCGCCAUUCUCCUGGUUACGCCGCUUUCCGACCGCUUUCAUCGUCUGAGGCCCUUCUUCUUCUCAGCAGCCGUCUGCAUCCAAAUCGCCGGCUUAUUGACAACGACUUUUGCUGUUCAAAACGGGUGGGCUCGCUAUGGAGGCCUUCUGAUGGUGGGCUUUGGUCUAGGACCAACCGUCCCAAUCUGCAUGACGUGGACUUCGGAAAUCUUCCAACGCCGGCAUGGUGAAGUUGGUGUGGCAGCCGCAACAGCUCUUGUAUCCGGCUUGGGAAAUCUAGGCAGCGUCACCACCACAUAUGCUCUAUACACUGGGUGGCCUGAGGAUGCCAAACCGGGGCCCCAUCGAUUCCGUAAGAGCAAUCUUACAAUGAUUGGAAUCCUCGGCAUUAGCAUCCUUAGCUCCCUGGUCAUGCUGAUCCUGCUAAAGGUCGUGGGAAAUCCUCCUAGCUCCAGGCUUAACAAUACUGGUUCUCCCAAUGCGCUCGAGGAUGGCGCAGCAAGACGGGAAGCUGUGCAGCGCGGCUUCGGGAAGCUUUCCCGGCGAGCCCAAGAGGCCUAG